AUGAAAAUUAACUUGGCUGUAAGAAUGUUGGUACUUAUGGUGAUCUUGCUGGUGCAUGCCACUUGUACCAAGGCUAUACGCUGCCCGAACUGUGGGACCACUCCCGUCUCAUAUCCACUCAGUACGGAACCCACAUGCGGCCACCAGUCAUACAAGAUUAGGUGCGACAGUGGUGUGUUAAAGUUCGAUACACUCAAUAACACCUAUUCGAUCAAAUCAAUCUUUCCAAAAAAUCAGACUCUUGUGAUCCAUCAACCGCGUCUCUUACCAAACACCUGCGUUACAGCUGAUCAUACAACCUACAGCAUCCAGCUGAACGCCUCUUUGCAAUUCACAUUCUCUCGUAUCAAUUGUACUGAUCAUUCCAUUGAGUUGACGUGGGUGUCACCGCCCGAGCCACCUUGUAAAACAGAUGCGUGUUGUGAUUCAACCGCCACUUGUAAGGCUGCUAGCGAUGGAGCACUAAGGUGCUUCUGUAAGCCUAGAUUCCACUGGGAUGCAAUUGCCGGCCAGUGCGCUUCAGAUUACACAAGAAUCAAACCAAGAAGAAUCAUACUUUUGGCGGCUACAAUGUGCAGUGGUGUGAUAUUGAUUCUUUCAGUUGUAUUCGCGACAACGAUGCUCAUUCGCCAUCACAGAAUCAAAGCAGAAGAAAAACAACUUGCUAUUGAGCGUGAAAAGGUGGUAGCUUCAAGUGAUGGCGGAAAGUCUGCCAGGAUCUUCACCACUAAAGAGAUCAAAAGGGCAACAAACAACUUCUCAUCAAGCGGUCUUCUCGGCGUUGGAGGUUUUGGUGAGGUGUAUAAAGGUGUGUUGGAUUGCGGCACGACGGUGGCUGUUAAAUGCGCAAAGGUUGGGAACACCAAAGGCAUUGAUCAAGUCCUAAACGAGGUCCGAAUCCUCGGGCAAGUCAACCACAAGAACCUUGUACACCUUAUAGGUUGUUGCAUAGAAAAACAACCGUUGUUGGUGUACGAGUUUAUUCCAAACGGAAGCCUUUUUUAUCACUUGCAUGAUAAAAAAGAACAACCGUUGUUAACAUGGAGUCAACGACUAAGUAUUGCUCAUGACACAGCCCAAGGGCUCGCAUACCUACAUUUCUCUGCAUCUCGCCCCAUCUACCAUCGUGACGUGAAGUCCAGCAAUAUUUUACUUGACCAUAAGAUGAAAGCAAAGGUAGCCGAUUUUGGUUUGUCGAGACUAGCUCAUACGGAUUUAACCCAUGUGACGACUUGUGCUCAAGGUACAUUAGGGUACCUAGAUCCCGAUUAUUAUUGGAACUAUCAGUUGACAGAUAAGAGUGAUGUGUAUAGUUUUGGAGUACUGUUGUUGGAAAUACUGACGUGUCAAAAAGCUAUAGACUUUGGUAGACCGACUGACGAUGUAAACUUGGUUGCCUAUGUCAAGCGAAUGGCGAAUGAGGAAAGAUUGAUGGAUGUUAUUGACCCGAUGCUUAAGACACACGCGACUUCCUUAGACAUUGAUUCUAUGAAAGCAUUUGGGUUCCUUGCAAUGAUUUGCUUGGAGGAACGAAGAGAAAACCGACCAACUAUGAAGGAAGUAUCCGAAGAGAUCGAGUAUAUCAUGGGUGUCGUAGAUCAUCGUCGGGAUAGCUCAGUCUCAUAAAGUG